AUGGAGACUGAUACCGUCCGAAAGACACCCGCGCCAUACGGCCAAGCGUGUAGUAACUGCGUGAAGACGAAAUGCCGAUGUGUAGUACGGGAAGUCGGCGUCUGUGAAAGGUCCAAAUACUUUGCGCAUAGGAAGCAGUUCCUGGGAUCAACCUGUGGUCUUGCAAGGACGCUGAUUAGCGAUCUCCGCCUUGAUAAGCCCAAAGAACCAUCGGGAUGUCCUAGCCUAGGCCCGUAUGAUAAAGGGACUGAGGAGGUCCGAGCAACUGAAGGGAACCGAGCAUUACUUACCGUCUUCGCAUUAUGUACCAAUGUUUCCAAAACCUUCGGGUACGACCUUAUGCCCUGGUCUUCACAAUGCGAAGAAGCAUAUGACCAACUCACCAAGAGCAUUGAGUGUGAAGGUGACGUUGUGUUGGUUAGCUUAGCACGUCUGGCUAGGAUUGCCGUUUGUGCUAUGGAGGUGUAUCGGAGAGCUUCAGAGGAUUCCAAUUUUGCUCAACAUGCUACAAUGGCUAUUGAGCCUCUGAAGCUGGCUUUGCACAAUCUUCGGACGUCAUUCUCUCCGGUAAUCCUGCAGCAUCCUGAGGUUGCCAUUUACGAGCUCGCUCUUCUACAAUCACCCACACCACUCGUAUCACCAUCGUCAAAUCCUCAUUCUAUCUUCGCACCCAGACGCGUAGAAUACCUUCUUGCAUGCCUAGAAACAUGUAAAGCUUGUUGCGACUACACCCUCGCCGGGGAUGUUCGAGACAUCAGCGCAACAUCAAUGCUCAUUUUCCCCUACUGCCUCAAAAUCGCCUACAAACUCGCCGUACUCAAGGAUGUCCCCGGAUGGGAUCCGGCGAUUGCUACAGCGACGGUAGAUACUGUACAAUGCUUGGAGCAGAUCGCCGUGAUUGCUGAAAACGCCAACGCCAAGUACAAAGAGGAAACAGGAGAAGACAGCGUGUUUGGUGAAGCGGCGGUUAUGCUAAGAGCAACAGCGCCGAACUGGAGAGUGCCUACAGUUGAGCAAGAGCAAACAGUAGGCGAUGUAUCUGCGCCGGCAUGGAAUUGCGAUAUUGGUGGAGACUUCUCGCUGACGGAUUUCGCUGAUGACUUUUGGCUAUCUGGUCCUAUGAACUUUUGA